AUCCAAAAUGGCAGCGUCCACAGAGGUUCACGCGUUUGCAGCUCCUGCUGGAUAUUCUGCUAUUCCAGUGAUGUUUUCAGAAGAGAGGAAGAGUUUUCACUGCUUGUAUGCUAAGGAACAUAAAGUGAGGGAGCAGUUGGACCAAACCCGUCCUCUAAACCGUACCCUUUUUGUUAUAAACAUUCCAUCUUAUUGCACAAAGAUAUGUUUAUCCAAAAUAUUCAGUUCCUGUGGCACAGUGGAGUCAGUGGAGUUCCAGGAAAAACCAGGACCAUCUGAGAAGAUUCAAACAGUUUUUUCUAAAUACUUUAAUCAGAAAGUAUCAAAGGGGUUUAAAGUUGCCUAUAUAGUGUUCACUAAUCCAUCUGCAAUCCGAGAGUUUAAGAUUCUAAAGUUCCAGAAACCAUAUGUGUUGUCUGAAAACAUACAGUCCUUAAAAACCGGAGUCCACAAGUGGAUAGAAGUUUAUGAAACAUCUCUUGUUGAUGCAGCAGCUCUGCAAACUCAUAUAGAUGACUUUAUGAAAGAAUAUGACGAGAAGGUGGCCGAGGAAGAGGAAAAAGCAAAGGAAGAAGAGGGAGUUCCAGAUGAGGAAGGAUGGGUAAAGGUUACUAGAAAAGGACGUCGCCCUGGCUUGGCACGCACAGAGGCCGUAAACAUUCGGAUGACAGAGAAGGAAAAGAAAAAGAGGAAACAAAAAGAGCUUCUCAACUUCUACGCCUGGCAGCAUCGUGACAGCAAAAGAGAGCACCUUGCUGAGCUCCGUAAAAAAUUUGAGGAAGAUAAACAGAAGAUUGCACUGAUGCGGGCGCAGAGAAAGUUUCGUCCUUAUUGAGAAUUCAUCCUGUCAGUCACCUAUGAAUUUACUUCGGCGUGGAUUAUUCCUGGCUUGUGUGGCACUCAAGGACUAGAGAUAUGCUCCCCUGGUUUAUAGAUUUAUUAGUUUCCGGGGAGUUCAAUGCAAUAAAGUCAUCAUGCACCAAUAUUACCACUUGGACUUUCUUGCUAUUUAUAAUGUGAUAAUGUGCAUAAAA